GUGGGUGGAGACGUAGCGUAGAGGCUGUGCUGUGCAGGGGUGCAUAGUGCACGCGCGGGACGCGGGGCGCUCCGGCCGCGCGGACCGGCCUCCCGUCAUUCGUGCCGCGCCCGCCGAACGAGCGAGACGCGCGUUUCGUUAGAUUGUGUCGCGAAGUUCGCCACUCCCGAGAGACGGCGUGUGUUGUGACUGACUAUAAACUUGGUGGUGUAAAAAUAAAGCCGGCGACAGACGGCGGCGUCCCGGGUUAUAUUUAAAUGAUAGCGCGGACUCGGGGCCGGGCUCGCCUCCACUCGUCGACGACAUGAGGCUAAGCCGGGGCAUAGUGUGCGAGUGCUCGGGCGCGAGCGCGUGCCCGGACGGCUCCAACAACGGCACGUGCACCACCCAGGUCAACGGCUACUGCUUCGCCACCGUCGAGGAGGUGGAGACGGAGGCGGGGCUGGUCGAGCUCGAGCGCACCGCCGGCUGCCUGCCGCCCGACGAGUCGGGGUUCAUGCAAUGUAAGAGCUCCCAGGUGCCGCACAGACACCCGAAGGUGAUCGAGUGCUGCAACGAGAGCGACCUGUGCAACCGGCGGCUGCAGCCGCGGCUGCCCACCUACCUGUCGGACGCGGAGCCGGCCGGGCCGGAGCCGGCGCGCGGGCCGCAGCCCUCGCUGCUGGUGGCGGCCGCGCUGUGCGUCGCGCUCGUGGCCUUCCUGGCGGCCGCGCUGCUGCUGUGCCGCCGCCGCCGCCGCGCCGGCAAGCGCCCGCCCUCGCCGCCCGCCGCGCCGCGCUCCGCCGCCGAGGCCAGCUCCGGCUCCGGCUCCGGCCUGCCGCUGCUCGUGCAGCGCACCGUCGCCAAGCAGAUCCAGAUGGUCGAGUCCAUCGGCAAGGGCCGCUACGGCGAGGUGUGGCUCGCGCGCUGGCGCGGCGAGCGCGUCGCCGUCAAAGUCUUCUUCACCACCGAGGAGGCCUCCUGGUUCCGGGAGACCGAAAUAUAUCAGACCGUGCUGAUGCGCCACGAGAACGUCCUCGGCUUCAUCGCCGCCGACAUCAAGGGGACCGGCUCCUGGACUCAGAUGCUGCUCAUAACGGACUACCACGAGCGCGGCUCGCUGCACGACUACCUCCAGGCGGCGGUGCUCGACCCGCCGGCGCUGCUCGCGAUGGCCUACAGCGUCGUCUCCGGCCUGGCGCACCUCCACAUGGACAUCUUCGGCACCAAGGGCAAGCCGGCGAUCGCGCACCGCGACAUCAAGUCCAAGAACAUCCUCGUCAAGCGCAACGGCCAGUGCGCCAUCGCGGACUUCGGCCUCGCGGUCCGCUUCGUCGCCGAGCGCGACGAGGUCGACAUCGCGCCCAACACCCGCGUCGGCACCAGGCGGUACAUGGCGCCGGAGGUGCUCGCCGAGACGCUGCAGGUGACGGACUUCGAGGCGUUCAAGAUGGCCGACAUGUACUCGCUCGGGCUGGUCCUGUGGGAGAUGUGCCGGCGGUGUGCGGCGGGCGAGCGGGCGCAGCAGGUGGAGCCGUACGCGCUGCCCUACCACGACGCGGUGCCGCCGGACCCCAGCUUCGACGACAUGCACGCGGUGGUGGUGGCGCGGCGCAUGCGGCCGCCCGUGCCCUCGCGCUGGGCGCGCGCGCCGGCGCUGGGCGCGCUGGCGGCGCUCAUGGCGGAGUGCUGGCACCACAACCCGCCCGUGCGGCUCACCGCGCUGCGCGUCAAGAAAACCCUCGCCAAAUUCCACACGGACUGUGACGUCAAACUCGUGUGAUUGUGUCCGCGGGCUACACGAGAGACCCCGAC